AGAGACUAGCUUGUGCAUACAAACAAAUGUAUUUACAACCCCCAUGCCUCCAUCUCCUCUUCCUAAACUCUCUAAUCCCCAUGAAAACCUUAAUCAACAUGAUCAUCUCUCUGCUCUUCCUCCCUCUCAUUUUCUUGAAUGCAAAAGCCCAAAACCCUGCAACAAUCCCCCAUGAUCCCUCACCAGACCCCAACACUUUCCAGCCAAGCCUAGUUGUGGUCAUAGGCAUAUUAGCCAUCAUGUUUUCCCUAACAUUUUUCCUCCUCCUCUAUGCCAAGUUCUGCCACAGGGCCUCCAUCCUCAACGCCACGCUGACGAUCCCCGAGGCCCUCCUCGGCUCGUGGAGGCGGUCCUCGGGGAUAGAUAAGACCGUGGUGGAAUCCCUCCCGUUCUUCAGGUUCUCCUCGCUGCAGGGCUCGAGGGACGGGCUGGAGUGCGCGGUGUGCCUGUCGAGAUUCGAGGACAUCGAGAUCCUGAGGCUGCUGCCCAAGUGCAAACAUGCAUUCCACAUCCACUGCAUUGAUCAGUGGCUGGAGAAGCACUCCACUUGCCCUCUCUGCAGGCAUAAGGUCUGUGCAGAGGAUCUGUCUUUGAUGAACUUUUCGAGCAGCCUGAGGUUUCUCUGGAGCAGCCAGUCUGAUUUGAGGGAGGAGUCUAGCCUUGGACUGUACAUUCAGAGGGAGGAGAGCUUCAAAUUCGGAUCACGAAAGAUCAAGAAAGACGAAAAGCUGCUGCCUAUACAAAUACAACACCAGAACACCUCAGACAAUGAUGAUCAGAGCCUGCAGAAACCUCUGCACCAUCUGAAUCAUAGGAUCAUAGUCUCUGAUGUUGUCCUGAAGAACAGAUGGAGCAGUGUCAGUUCAUCAGACCUCAUGGCCUUGACCUCGGAACUCAUUCGAGACGCUGCAAGCCACAGAUUCUCAUCAUCAUCCCUGGCAAAUCCCGAAUUCUCUAGCAGCUUCGGCUCCAAACAGCCCGAGGACGAGAUACAAACCAUGAGUAUUAAGGAAGAAAUCGAGCGAAAAAGGCUGUUCGAAAUCAAGGUCAAUAAGCACAACCAGAACCCUUCAUUCCCAAUCCCAACAACAUCUGCAGAAGCAAUAAUGGCUUCCGAAAGUGCCACAAAAAGUCUUACUCAGAACGAGAAGAGGUCCAUGUCAGAGAUAGUAGUUCAUCCCAGGUUUAGAAAUGGGAAUCUUCAAGAUUACUGUGAUGUUGUUUCAGAUGAGAGAAGAAGAAAGCUUUGGCUGCCAAUUGCAAGAAGAACAGUCCAAUGGUUUGCCAAAAGAGAAAGGAGGUCAGCUGAUGAAUCCCAGAUUCCCAUUAAACAACACAAUCCUUAGACACAUAACAUCCAACAUAUACUCUUAGUUU